CUCUGCUCUUGCUCUGUCUGUUUGAGUAAAGCAGCAACAGAGAGCAGAGCGCAGACACAGAGAGUCUGACCCCUGAGUGAAUUACUGUUAUUGCUGAUAUGGCUGGACUGAGGCGAGUCUUGCUGGUAACGAUGGUGUUGUGGUGCGUUUGUCUGUGGGGGGUCAGUGAUGCUGUGGGGGGGGCUAAGAGUCGACCGCGACCCCAAAGACGACCUCGCAAGAAGCCAAAAGUCGAGCCCAUUGAUGUGACUCCACCAGCACAGAAUAUAGACAUACAGCGGAUGAUGGGGAGGUGGUACCUGCUGAACACGGCCUCGAAAUGCUCGUACCUGAUGAAUCAUGGAACCAAAGUGGAGCCUACGGUCAUGCACCUUUCACGAUCCUCUGCCUCCGACCCAACUUUGUCUGUUAGCACUAAGACACGACAUAACCACCAGUGUUGGGAGAUAUUGCAGGUCUACGAUCUCACCCCGACCCCGGGUCGACUAACACUCAAAGGAGCACGCCCAGAACUCAACACUGAGAUAGUGGUUGGGGAGACGGACUACAGCUCAUAUGCGGUCAUGUAUUACCAGAAACUGGGCAAAAUAACCAUGAAACUCUACGGCAGGUCUGUAGAUGAUCUGUCAGAACCAGUGUUGACCAAAUUUGAGCAACUUGCUGCAAAACAGAGUUUGGGACUUGCGUACCUCUUCCCUUUCCCCACCUACAGUCACUGUGGUGAUGUGGACCAGGAUCAUGUCAUCAACUGUGUCCCCACAUGUUGAAGAUUCAGAGCUGUGGAACAGAUCGAUCCAGCCUCGCAGCGUUGAGAGGAUUUCAAAUAAAAGACCGCAUGGAAGUCUUUGAACGCAAAUAAAACAAACAAACAAAA